UGUUAUUUUACGGUUCCAUUUUGAGGUUAACUUGUCAAGUGCAUGUGUUUAUGUUGUCAACAGCACAAGCUCAAAAAUGGGAAAGUUAAACGUUAGCAUGAUGCGUUAUUUAACGCAUGAAGAUUUCCGCGUGUUGACUGCAAUCGAAAUGGGCAUGAAAAACCACGAGUUAGUGCCCGGCCCUAUGGCUGCUUCGAUUGCCAAUCUGCAACACGGAGGUGUCCACAAGUUGUUGCGCGAUCUGUGCAAACACAGAUUAUUAAGCUACGAACGUGGUAAAAAAUAUGAUGGUUACAGACUCACUAAUGCUGGUUACGAUUAUUUGGCACUUCAUUCCUUGACUAAACGAAGCGUCAUUAGUUCUUUUGGGAAUCAAAUUGGAGUAGGAAAAGAAAGUAACAUUUACAUAGUUGCAAACCCAGAAGGUGAAGAAGUAUGUUUAAAACUGCAUAGGCUGGGCCGGACGUGUUUCCGAAAUGUUAAGGACAAAAGGGAUUAUCACAAACACAGAAAGUCCGCCUCUUGGUUGUAUUUGUCCCGCAUUUCAGCCACUAAAGAGUUUGCAUACAUGAAAGCUUUGUAUGAGAGGAAGUUUCCAGUUCCAAAACCCAUUGAUUUCAACAGGCAUUGUGUUGUCAUGGAGCUUAUACGCGGCAAAUUACUCACGCAUGUUAUGGAAGUCAAUAACACUGAAGCAUUAUAUGAUGAUUUAAUGAACCUCAUCAUUAAAUUCGCUGAUUCCGGAGUAAUUCACGGCGAUUUCAACGAGUUCAACAUUAUUCUGGACGAAAACGAGAAACCGGUAAUCAUCGAUUUCCCUCAAAUGAUUUCAACAGAACAUCCGAACGCCGAAUAUUUCUUUAAUCGAGACGUUAAUUGUAUAAAAACAUUUUUUAAGAAGCGUUUCGAUUAUGAAAGCGAAUUGUACCCCAAAUUUUCUGACGUACAGAGAAGCGAUGCGUUGGACGCCGAAGUUUUGUGUUCUGGCUUCACAAAACAAAUGGCUAAGGACAUAAACUUGGAACUGGGAAUUGACAGUGAAGACGAAACUGAGGACAAAUCCGAAGAGGAAACUGAGGAUAAAUCUGAAGAAGAAACUGAGGAACAGGAAAUCUUCCAUGAAUGUGAAACUACUACAAACAAUGACCAGAUAAUAAACACGACAGACGAAAUAUUCAACAGGAUGAAAAACUUAAACGUAGAUUCUCAGUCGGACUUCUCAGAUUGUUCGGACGAACAGUUUGAAAGUAGGAGCGUUAGAUCGACGGCCACCACGAUUCACCCCGACGAGAUUAAAAAGAGGAUCAAGAAGCAGAUGAGCGCGAGGGAUAGAAAGGAGAGGGCGAAGAAGGCGGUGGCGAAGGGCGAGGCGAGUGCCGUCACCAGGACCAGGAGAGAGAAUAAUGAUACUAUCAAACAAAGCAAAGGAAUGUGGGAAUAAUCAUUGUUAAAUUUUUAUUUUGUUAUAUUAGAAUUAAUAAAUAAUUUACUGUUUCUA